AUGAAGUUCUGCAUCGUCGCCUGUUUCGCGGCCUCUGUGCUCGCCGCCAGUCGGACUUCCCCUCCCUCUGGCUCCAUUGUCGUGGCCAAGUCCGGUGGUGAUUAUACCACCAUCAGCGAGGCCAUUGCCGCCUUGAGCACCACCUCUGAUGAUACCCAGACCAUCUUCAUCGAAGAAGGCACCUACGAGGAACAGGUCUAUAUCCCCGAGCUAACCGGAAAGCUCAUCAUCUACGGCCAGACCGAGGAUGACACCACCUACUCCUCAAACACCGUCACCAUCACCUCGGGGCUGGGCCUCGUCGAUGUAAGCGACGACGACGAGACCGCCACCCUGCGCAACUGGGCCGCAAAGACAGCCAUCUACAACAUCAAUGUCGCAAACACCUACGGCGAGGGCUCCCAGGCCCUUGCACUGAGCGCCUACAACACCGAACAGGGCUACUACGGUUGCAAGUUCACCGGAUUCCAGGACACCGUGCUCGCCGAGACCGGCUACCAGGUCUACGGCACCUGCUACAUCGAGGGUGCCAUUGACUUCAUCUUCGGACAGACGGGCAAUGCCUGGUUCGAUAGCUGCACGAUCGGCGUCUUGACCUACGGAGAUGGUACCAUUACCGCGCAGGGCCGUGACUCCAGCUCCGAGAACGGAUACUUCGUUAUCAACGAGAGUACCGUUGAAGCUGCGGCUGGUGAGGAUGUGGUGGAGGGUACCUAUUUCCUUGGUCGUCCUUGGUAUCCGUAUGCGCGCGUUGUCUUCCAGAAGACUGUUCUCAGUGAUGUUAUUAACUCGGCUGGAUGGGAGGAGUGGUCUACCAGCGAGCCUAACACUGCGGAUAUUCUCUUCGGAGAGUACGAUAACUCUGGUGAUGGAUCGGAGGGUACUCGUGCUAGCUUCGCUGAGAAGUUGUCUGCUGCUGUUACUAUCACGAGUAUCUUGGGUAGUAGCUACGAGGACUGGGUUGACACCAGCUACCUUGCUUAA